UGUGUCCCUACUCGGCGCUGAGAUAAGAGUAACCCACCACCACCACAAAACAUAGCUCUUCUCAAUAAGAGAGAGAGAGAGAGAGAGAGAUUUUGUAUUGCAACAAACAAUAUUGUAGUAGUGAUGGAUAAAAGCUGUCAAUCCUCUGCAGACUCUACUAAUAAUUCCUCUUCCAGAGACCACUACCUCAGACACCUCAAUAAGCUUUCUCAAAAAAUCACCAAACCCAUCAUUAAAAAACCCUCUUUUGACCCUCCACCACUACCACCACCACCACCGCCACCACAACCUCAAAAUCAGAAUCAAAAUCAAAUUCAAAACCAAAACCAAAACCAAAACCAAAACACUAAUAAUAAUAAUAAUAAUAAUAAUCCUCUACAGCCACAACCACAACCACAGCAAAACCUACAACAUCAACCACCAGUUUACAACAUCAACAAAAACGAUUUCAGAGACGUAGUUCAAAAACUAACGGGUUCACCUGCACACGACCGUAUCUCACCACCACCACCUAUUCAACAACCUAAACCACAAAGCUCUCGUCUUCAGCGAAUUCGUCCACCUCCGUUACCUCACAUCACUAACCGUCCACCUCCGUUACUUAACACCGCUAUACCCCGUCGUCCACAACACCAGAACUUCAACUUUAACCCCGUUAACUUUAAUCAUAACUUUCCUGGUUUUGGUAGACCUCUGGCGCCGUUAUCUCCGUUGCCGCCGUUUCCUACCGUUCACGCUCCGGCGGAAUCUCCAAUCUCCGCUUACAUGCGCGAUCUGCAGAAUCUCGUUUCCACCAUGGAUUCGAAAGGCUUCACCGGUUUUUCUCCUUUGCCUCCUCCGAUUUCAUCGCCUCACCCUCCACCGGAACAACAGCAACAACAGCAACAACAACAUCAACAACAACAGCAGCCGCAACAUCAACAGCAGCAUCAACAUCAACAACAACAACCACCGCCGCAGCAGCAAGGCUUUAAUCCUGCACAAAUGUCAGUACAAACUCCGUCGCCGUUUCCGAUGCCGUCAUCACCAACACCUUUUGGAUGUUUGAAUUCGCAGCUUUCAUCUUACCCUUUGUUGUCACCUGGUUUAUUGUUUUCCCCCAAUUCGGCUAAUUUAGGGUUUCCUCAACUUCCUCUUUCACCAACCGUGCAGGUUCCAAGUCCACGAUGGAGAGAGCUUUGACUUCAAUUGAGGUAAGAUUGGUCUGAAUCGUGGUUUUUCGGCUCUGAUUUUGGGAUGUACAUGGUGGUGGAUGUGGUGAUUUGGAAAAUGGAAUUCGAAUUUAUUCAAUUUGUGGUGGUUGGACUCAAAAACUAACUAGUCCAAUUUGCUACUUAGUACUAGUUUAUUUUAUUCUGUAAAAAUGGGAUAUCAAAGACAGAUGAAAGGAACAAUUUUGCAUUUGUUUUUUGCUCUUUUCGGAUAAUUUGGGGGAUUAGAAAAACACAAAUUAGAUGUUAUUAUUAUACAACAUUUAUAGUGGGAUUAUCAUGCUGUUUUUAAUAUAAAAAAAA